UUGCCGAGAAGCAUAGAAAACUGCUUUCCAUCCAUGGGGGAACCAUUUUUUUAUACAACAACGGCCAAUUCCCGUGAGGAAGGUUGUAAAUCCCGGAUCCUCCAUCAUUGUUUUGUCUUAGGCCUCUGACAGACUUAUCUGAACUUAUAUUAAUAUGAAGGGCAGGCACAGGCCUCAGUUCUUUACUAUACAGUCUAUAACUACUGAUGUGCAGUGCAGGUGGGGAGCGGCUAAUGUCAUGAUCAUCGACAGCCUCUCCAUAGUUCCGCCCCUUUAGCCACUCUAAUUCCGGAGCAAUGCAUUCUGGAGAGUGUAGUCCUUGGCAUUUUGUUUCCAGUGCUUAUCAUGGCGGCUUCAUGGGGGUCUAACAUUAUAGAAACCAAAUGAAUUAUUAAAUCCACACUGAUGGAAAAACAAAGUAAAGGAAGAUAAACAAGCAUCUGAUGAAGUUGUGGAUUAUUGCAAUGAGGAUGCGUGAGGCCUUUUAACCUUGGAACAAAAUAAAAAAACGUUAUCCGAACGUGAUGGAGAAUUACCAGCAUUUUAUCCCUCCAGGAGAUGAUGAGGCAAAACCUUUGCUCGUUACAAAGAUUGAGCGGGGAGAGGAUGGUUGUGAUAUGCAGAAGGCCAGUGAGACAGAACUUCCUAUAAACAGUGAAGGAUCUGUUGAUGUGAAACCUUCAGUUGCAAUGAAGACUGAGUGGAGAGAGGAGCCAUCUCUAUGUGAUGUCCAGAAGAGCAGUCAGGAGGAACCUCUCACACAUAUUAAGGGAUAUGUGGAUGAGAAACCGUUAAUUCUCUCAGAGACACAGCGUGGAAAGGAGUCACAUGCUUCUGAUAUCUCAACUAUCAAACAGGAGGAAAUUCACAUACAUACUGAUGGAUCUGUUGAUGUGAAACCUUCAGUUGUGUCUAAGACUGAGCUUGGAGAGGAGCUGUAUGUUUGUGACGUCACUCACAAUCGGGAAGAAAUUUACAUAAAUAAUGAUGAAUCUGUUGAUGUGAAACCUCCACUUGUAUCGAAGGUUGAGCUUGGAGAAGAUCCAUAUGAUUGUGAUGUCCAGAAGAUCAAUAACGAGGAAAUACACAUAAAUGGUGAUGGAUAUGAUGAUGUGAAACCUUCACUUGUCUCAAAGAUUGUUAUUGGAGAAGACCCGUAUGUUUUUGAUGUUCAGAAGAUUGAUCAAGAUGAAAAUCAAGCAAAUAAUGAAGAAUAUGAUCAUUUGGAACCUUCGCUUGUCUCAAAAGUUGUUGUGGGAGAAGAGUCGUAUGUCCGGAUCAAAGAGGAAGAAGUUCAAGUUGAUAUUGAAGAUUAUGAUCAUGUGGAUCCUUCACUUGUAACAAAGGUUGAGGUUGGAGAAGAGCCAUAUGCAUGCGAUGUCCAAACGAUCAAUCAGGAGGAAAUAAAUAAUGAUGAUGGGUCCAUGAACUGGGAUAUCUCUAAACCAUUCCAGGAAGGAGUCAAUUCUUUCAAUCUCUUUCAACAUGAAGGUCUUGUAGCAAAGAAACCUUAUGAAUGUCCAGAAUGUGGGAAAGGUUUUAAAGAGCAAUCAAGUCUUCUUACACAUCAGAGAAAUCAUUCACGAGAGAGACCUUUUUCAUGUUCUGUGUGUGGGAAAACAUUUAUCUGGCAAUCUCGUCUUCUUACACAUCAGAAACUACAUACAGGAGAGAAACCAUAUGCAUGUUCUGUGUGUGGCAAAUGUUUUCUCUGGCAAGCGCAUCUUCUUACACAUCAGAAAGUUCAUACACAAGAGAAACCAUACUCAUGUUCUGAAUGUGGGAAAUGUUUUAUCCAGCAAACACAGCUUAUUACACAUUUUAAAACUCAUACUGGAGAGAAACCAUUUGCAUGUACUGAAUGCGGGAAAUGUUUUAUUCAACAAUCACAGCUGAUUAGACAUAUGACGUAUCAUACUGGAGAGAAACCAUUUUCAUGUUCUGUAUGUGGAAAAUGUUUUAUCCAGCAAUCAAGUCUUACUGCACAUCAGCGAAUCCAUACCGGAGAAAAACCAUUUUUAUGUUCAGUGUGUGGAAAAUCUUUCAUUCAGCAAUCAAGUCUUACAACACAUUUGCGGAUUCAUACAGGAGAGAAACCAUUUUCAUGUUCUGUUUGUGGAAAGUGCUUUAUUCAGCAAUCAAAUCUUCUUACACAUCAGAAGAUUCAUACAGGAGAGAAACCAUAUUCAUGUUCUGAGUGUGGAAAAUCUUUUCUACAUCAAUCACAUCUUUCUAGACAUCGGAGGAUUCAUACAGGAGAGAAACCAUUCGCAUGUUCUGUAUGUGGGAAAAAUUUUAUUCAGCAAUCAAAUCUUGUAGCACAUCAAAAAAUUCAUACUGGAGAAAAACCAUUUACAUGUUCUGAAUGUGGAAAAUGUUUCCUUUGGAGAUCAUAUCUUCUCGAACAUCUAAAAAUUCACCUAUGAGAAAAAGCACUUUUGUGUUAUUGAAGUGGGAAAUGUAAUACACGUCAGUCAAAUCUUAAUACACAUCAGGACAUUCAGACUGAAUAGACUUUCAUGUUCUGAAUAUGGUAAAUGCUUCCGCUUCUAGACUUUUUUUUAUUGAACAUAAAAAAUACAUAUAUUAUACUAUAUUUGUAGGGAACUUAUAGUAGCAAAAUAUAGACAUGUUGUACAUUAGAGGAACCCUUUUCGUAUUCUGAAGAUUGAAGUGUAUUAUCCAUUAUUUGCAUGUUCAUAUUCAACAAAAUCUAAUAUGGGAUAAAGAAAACAUUUCAAUGUCUUACAAUUUGGAAAAUAAUUUUAGAAAAUAUGUUUUUGAACCAUUAAGUAGCAGUAUCAGGUUUCAUUAAUCUCAUUAAUGCAUGCUCAAUGAUUGUUGCUAAUGUGGCAAGCAUGCAGCAGUAAUGCAAAAUAUAAAAGCUAGUUAAUCAGUUGUAUACAUUAUGUGGGGGUGCAAUAUAACUCCCAAAUCCUUAUGACUUAUAAAAGAAAGAAAUAGAGGAAACAUUUUUAUAUUUAUACUUGUGUCUUCUUCCUACUCCGUAUGGCAAUAAAUAACAUUACUUAAAUGUCCAUUCAAUAGGAAAACAUUUCUAAAAAAUAAAAAAAGACAUUCAGCUA